ACCACGUGUGUGUAUUUUCUGAUAUAAUAUAUAUACAUUGUUUUUUAAUUAUUAUAAACGACAAUAAUGUAAAAAAUAGUGAAUUAAAAAUAAAUUACGUAUAAUAAUAAAAAAAUAAAAAUGAUAAUGUGGCGUAAAGUGAUAAAUUUGAAUAAACAAUCAAUACCUAAAAAUAAUUUAAAUUUAAAUAAAUAUUUGAAUUUAAUAAAAACAAGAGAUUUAUCAAAUGAUAAUAAUGAAAAAAAAAAAUUGAAUAAUGAUUCAAUAAUCGAAUUAUCAUCAGCACAAAAUGUAAAUAAAAGUGAAAAUAAAAAUGAAAAUGAAAAUUUAUUAAAUCUUAUUAAAGAUUCAGCAAAUUUUAAUGAAAUAACAAAUAAUAAUUGGUCAACAACGCCUUACAAUUCAGCGGGUGAAAAAAUAGCAUUAUUGUGUAAUAAUAAUAAAAAAAAUAAAAUAAAAAUAAAUCCGACAGAUACAACAAUAUUCAUGUUUCCUGGACAAGGUACAUUAAAAAUUGGAGCUAUAAAAAAAUAUUUACAUUAUCCUCGAGUUAAAGAAUUAUUUGAUAUAAGUAAUCAAGUAUUAGGAUAUGAUAUAUUAAAUAUUUGUUUAAAUGGACCACAAGAUAAAUUAAAUAAAACAGAAUAUAAUCAAGUAGCAACAAUUUUAACAUCACUAUCAGCAUUAGAAAAAAUUUGGGAAGAAACACCAUUAGCUGUUGAUAAUUGUAAAGCUGCUUUGGGUUAUAGUGUUGGUGAAUUGACAGCAUUAAUAUUUUCCGGUGCAUUAACAAUUGAAGAUGGAAUAAGAUUAGCUGGUAUACGAGGUGCAGCAAUGCAAUAUGCAUCUGAUCAAGAACCAAAUCAAGGAAUGUUAACUGUUGUUUCAAAAUCACGAGUUAAUAUUAAUAAAGCUUGCAAGGAUGCUACUGAUUGGGCUAUUAAUAUGGGUAUAUCAUUACCUGUAUGUCAAAUAGCUAUAUAUUUAUGUAAUCAAACAAGAGUAUUAGCUGGUCAUGAAAAAUCUCUUGAAUAUAUUAUAAAUAAUAAUAAAAAUUAUAAAAUAAACAUAAUAAAACGUUUGUCAGUAUCUGGUGCAUUUCACACUCCUCUUAUGAAACCAGCAUUAAAAUCAUAUAUAAAAGCAUUAAAUGAAAUUGAAAUUCAAGAACCAAGAGUUACUGUUUAUUCAAAUAUAACAGCUGAACCAUACAAAUCUUGUAAUCAAAUAAGAAAAUCAUUACCAAAACAAAUUAUUUCACCAGUUAAAUGGGAACAAAUAUUACAUUCAGUAUAUAAAAGACCACACGGUAAUACUUUUCCACGUACAUUUGAUUUGGGAUCUAAUGGAACAAUGAAAACUAUUUUAGAAAAAAAUAAUUUUGCAGCUGCUGAUUCAUGUACUACAGUGUAAUUAUUCUAUCAAUAAAAAAUUUUAAUUUUUAAAUCUA